GACUCUGAUUCACAGUCCGUCUCUGAUUCAGAACCAAGGAACAUUGGCUCGGUUAGUAAUCCUUCUGGGAGUGACAGUGAACGGGACGAUGAUGAUGAUGAUGGACAUUCUACUGUGAAACCCAGCAAUAAAGAAUUGUUUGGCGAUGACAGUGAGGAUGAAGCGGGCUCUCAGCACAGCGGUAGUUACAAUCGUUCAGAGAGGUCAGAUGAUCAGUCUGAAGGUAAUGUUCAAUCCGAUCAAGAAAACGAUCAGUCAGAUGCUGAACAGCAUAGCGGUUCUGAACAUUAUCAUGAUGAAGACAAUGAUGAAGAUGGAGGGCACAAAUCUGAUCACAGUAGCCGUCACUCAGAUAUUGAGGGCUCAGAAAAAGAAGCUCAUUCUGAGGAUGAAAAGUGGGCCAGGGAUGAUAAAAGCGAUCAAUCAGACGAAGAGGAAAAAAUGCAGAACUCCGAUGAUGAGGUCCAGCAUUCUGAUGAAGAGGGUAACCUUCGAUCGGAUGAUGAGAUGAACAGGCAGUCUGAUGGAGAGGACCAUGAAAACCACCAGUCUGAUGGUGAAGAUCACAGGCAGCAGUCAGACGAUGAGGACAAUGAACACAGACAUUCUGAUUAUGAGAGGCAGCACUCUGAUGGAGACUACCAUGACCAUCAGCAAUCAGACGAUGAGGAGCUAAAAAUUCAACAUUCAGAUGAUGAACUGGAGCGGCAGAGAUCAGAUGAUGAGCAGCAGCACUCUGAUGAUGACGAUCAGGAGCACAGACAGUCAGACGAUGAACGUCAACAUUCAGAUGAUGAAGAAAAUGAGCGACAUCGAUCAGACGAUGAGCCACAGCAUUCUGAUGGAAAAGGAAGUGAUAGUGAAGAGGAGAUUGUUCAAAAGAGGCAUAAGAAGGCAAUAGCGUCGGACACUGAUGAGGAUAGUGACGCAGAAGCUGGUAAAGAGAAAAAAGAUGCUGCUGAUCUCUUUGGUGAUGCGGAUGACAUUUCUUCAAGUAGUGAUGGAGAAGAAAAGCCUCCCACGCCUGGACAGCCCAUGGAUGAGGAUGGACUAGAUCAAGACCAGCCAGAGGAAGAACCUGUUCCUGAAACCAGAAUAGAAGUCGAGAUCCCCAAAGUGAACACAGAUCUCGGGAAUGACUUGUAUUUUGUCAAGCUUCCCAACUUUCUCAGUGUUGAGCCCAGACCGUUUGACCCUCAGUAUUACGAAGAUGAAUUUGAAGAUGAAGAAAUGUUAGAUGAAGAAGGUAGAACUAGGCUGAAAUUAAAGGUUGAAAACACAAUUCGGUGGAGGACAAGACGGGAUGAAGAAGGGAAUGAUGUCAGAGAGAGAGUAAUGCACGUAUUGUUAAAUGGUCUGAUGGCAGCAUGUCCUUACACUUGGGAAAUGAAGUUUUUGAUGUAUACAAAGCUCCACUCCAAGGGGACCACAACCAUCUCUUUAUCAGACAAGGAACAGGUUUACAGGGUCAAGCUGUAUUCAAGACCAAGCUUACAUUCAGGCCUCAUUCAACAGACAGCGCCACUCACAGGAAGAUGACGUUGUCUCUGGCAGACAGGUGCUCUAAGACUCAGAAGAUCAGAAUACUUCCAAUGGCAGGACGUGACCCUGAGUCUCAAAGAAAUGAAAUGAUUAAGAAAGAAGAAGAGAGAUUGAGAGCCUCAAUCCGUAGGGAGUCCCAACAGCGCAGAAUCAAGGAAAAGCAACACCAGCGUGGACUGAGUGCUAACUACCUGGAACCUGAUCGCUAUGAUGAUGAGGAGGAAGGGGACGAGUCUAUAAGCUUGGCAGCCAUUAAAAACAGAUAUAAGGGAGGAAGAGAGGAGCGUGCCCGCAUCAUUCUUCGGACAGUGAUGAAGGCUCAGAUGAGGAUAAAACUCAGAGGUUACUCAAGGCAAAGAAACUGAACAGUGAUGACGAGGUGGGAGCAC